CCUGUCAAUGUCUUUACUUAUCGUCAGAAAUCUUUGUCAACAAAAGCCAAACAAUACCUUUAUGCCUAUGUAAACCUUUAUAUGUUGAUGCUACCUGAGGCAUUUAAUGAAGGCAUGUAACCUUUAAAUGUUCUAACGUCUAAGUCAACAUUUCUACUGCAAAAUAGUCUCUGAAACAUUUAAGCCUGUCAUGGAAACAUCAAAAUGGCAGCUCCAGAAGUGAAUGCAUUGUUAAAAAGGGGGAAGAGGACUGUUGCCACUCACUUCAAGUCGGAGUGUUUCAGGAAGAGUGGAAAUAAAAGUCUUCAUGAGUUUAUGAACUAUUUGUUUGAUCCCAGAAAUAAGUCGAUUGAUGAUGUUGAUGUUUUAGAUUGGUGCAGAUGGCUGAUAGCUGGUGGAGUUACUUUCGAUGAAUUUUCCAAAAAUGUUAGAAGAUAUGACAAUGCUGUGAUAUGUGGUCUAGUGUGGACAGCUAAUUUUGUGGCCUAUAGGUGUAGGACAUGUGGUAUAUCACCAUGUAUGUCGUUAUGUGCAGACUGUUUCCAGGCAGGGAAUCAUGAAGGGCAUGACUUCAACAUGUUCCGUAGCCAAGCUGGAGGUGCCUGUGACUGUGGGGAUGUUAGUGUCAUGAAAAAAGAAGGGUUUUGUACUCGGCAUGGUCCUGACAGACAGACACAGAAUUUUACUCCGCCACAGGAUUUGUUGGUUGUAGCAGAGAUAAUGAUGCCCAGGAUAAUUCUAAGAUUACUUCAUCAUUUGAGGGACAAUUCUAGUGAAGAGAUGAAGGAUACAUAUCAGUUAGACAUGCCGGAUGCUGACCAGUUCUUAACAUUUCUACACACACUCAGUGAUAUGGGGGCAGCCAUGAGAAAGGUCAUUGGGCAGGCACUAAACUCUAAUGCCUUGUACAAGGAGUUAACAGAAGUAACCUUAUUACCAGAUGGGUCAAAUAGUUAUUUUGUUGACAGCCAGAAAAGAUAUAAUGCUGCAUUAGAUAACAUGACUACACCAAAAGGGUUUGAUGAAUAUGAAACAAUGCCAGGUCUUUCUCAGGAAAUGGUACAUAAGACAUUACUUGAUGAACUUACAUUCUGGAUGGUGAAGUAUGAAUUCCCACAGAAAAUGGUCACAUUACUUCUGAGUCUGCUGCCUGAUGACAAUUAUAAAGAAGCAUUUACCAGAGCAUUUAUCCGACAUUAUAGUAGAAUGACCUUGGUUCUAAUUAAUGGUCUAAACAGACCUGCUAUAUCUAAUAGAGUAGUCCACAUUAGUGUCCAGUUAUUCAGCAACGAGGUGCUGGCGGUGAAGAUGGUGGAGGAAUAUAACUUACUCUACAUUCUGAUUGUUAGUUUGACUAACAUGUUGGAGAGUAUUUUGACAGAGAGUUCUCUACAAGAUACCCAAUCCAAUUUUCACAUGGUUGUUGAUUGUGCAAACAUAGCCAUGAAAGAGCAUUGCUACUGGCCAAUCGUUAGUGAUCUGAUUAAUCUGUUUUCUCAUAAGGCAAUUACAAUUAAGUUCUUAUCAGAUACUAGACUGGUUACCAUGUGGUUAGAUCUACUGAGCUACCUUCAGGGGAUGAACCUGAACAAUAGAGAACUCAGUCAGCACGUGGAAUUUGAAUCAGAAACAUAUUAUGCAGCAUUCUCUGCAGAGUUAGAAAUGGCGUCCUCACCAAUGUGGUCACUGAUCUCGCACUGUAAAUUAAAGGAUUCUCCAGAGCUGACAAAAUCUAUGAUAAAGACAUGUCUAAAUGCACUACAAGACUGGUAUGAUGCUAUUAACUGUAAAGAUUCUAUAAAGCCAAAUCCAUUCCAGUUGACAUUCCAUCUGCCUUUACAUAGAUAUCUAGCCUGCUUUAUGGUGCAAGGUAUACAGAUUCAGGGACUCCAUCUCAAAGAUAUAACUCUAACAGAGAAGAUGUUAAAGACCUUACUGAUACAUCCACUACAGAUACAGGUUGGGAUUGCUGAAAUCUACAGCCAAAUGUGGGUUAGAAAUGGAUUACAGAUCAAAGGUCAAGCUAUGACCUAUAUACAAUGUCAUUUCUGUUACUCAAUGGUAGAUGCAGACCUAUAUUUAAUGCAGAUUUGUGCCUGUAAACUUGAUCCAGAUUACUUUGUAAGAACAGUUUUAGAAAGGUUCCACAUAGACAAUUGGUUAUCCUACUCCACUGCACCACCUCCUAUGAAUGUGAAGCUCGAAGGAGACCAGGAAUCAGCUAUGGUAGAUGCUGUAUUGACCUACUUCAGUACAUUGUUAGGAAUCAGGACAUAUCUAGGAAUUACAGAAGUUAACUUAACAAGACUAGAAAUGUCUACAUUAUUAUGUAUGGCAGACAGACAGCACAGCCAACUGAUGGAUUUAAUGCCAGAAAAAUCUGGUAUGACUGGUCAUGGCAAGGAAUUGUUUGAACCUACUCUAAAAGAGGUUGCAGAUUAUAAAGCUCCUAAUCUAGAAGCCAGUGGUGGAUUACAGCAAGGGACAUAUAAGCCUAAAGGUGAAAUUUGGGAGAAAGAUUUUGACCCAGUCCAUGUGUCAAUGAGAGCUUUAUACAAGAAAGACUUACAGUCAUCUAUGGACAGAUAUACAGAAUAUGUAAAACAGACUGGAAAAUUCAAAGGGAAAGCGUCACCAUGGCCACCAUUCAGAUGUCCAAGGGAAAUAAAUCCUGAGUACAAAGAUCUUUAUAAGAUAUUGCACUGCAGAACUAUGCACUCCUUCUUGUUCACUGUUAUGCAUAAGGCUUUAAUGUCGACAAGUAUGCCAGACAGUAUUUUAUACCAUGCCAUUCACCUGAUGGAUUUAUCGUUGUGUUUACCACCGCCAGAUACUAGUAGGAAGAUUAGAAGUUUCAAUGGAUUAGUCCAUGAUAAACAAUACAAUGACUGGUUUUCUGGUAGUAAUAUUCUACAGAAUGCUAAGGAGAUUGUCCGAGAAGUAAUGGUGCCCAUUCCUAUUGAAGAUAAGCAAUUCUCACUUCUCUCUAGUCUGGAAGAAAUGUUUCACUUAGCUCCUAGUUCUUUAUCAAUAUCUGGAGGACCUAUCACUGCAGCACAUUCAGGACAGAUACCUGCAGUUAAUCCUGUGCCUGUUCCUACAGAAAUAGAGUUUGACAACGACCCAUUCCCACUGGUUCCCAUUCAUAAGUUACCCUCUCCUACAAGUGCCAAACAUGCCUCUUCACAGUAUGAAAAUAAGGGUGUAGAAACUGAUAAAGCUCAAUAUAUAAAUGUGCCAAUUAAUGAAAGCAUAAUAUCUUUACUGUUUAAACUUCAUGCUAAGUUAUCUGGGAAAGAAGAACAAUAUAUUCCCUUGUCAAGGUCUAAUCGAUCUAUCGGGGAUGCUCCUAUUGGGGAUGGACCUUAUUUUAUUGGUCGAGUUCUAGAUAAGUUAUCUCAACAAAGUACCACUUGUGCCAGGAACAUUGAGGAGCUGUACAGUGUGACGAGUCCUAAGAAAGACAACCUGAAACACUCAGAAAGAGAUGAAGAAAGGAGGAGGAAGGCCAAAGAAAGACAGAAGAAACUUAUGGAACAGUUUGCCAACAAACAGAAAGCCUUCAUGGAACAGAAUAAAGAAGCUGAUACAUCUGAUGAUGACCCUAAACCUAGUUUGUCGUCAGAAUCUCAGAAUGCUUCAUAUAUUCCUGGUGAAGAAAAGGAGUAUGAGUGUGUUAUAUGUGGUCACAGUAGUCCAUCAACAGAAGACAAAACCAUUGGUUUGGUAGUGUUGAUGCAAGCCACAAGUGUACUGGGUCACAGAUUACAGACAGACACACCUAUAGAACUUCCAGUGGAUGGAGGGAAGUUUAAGUUCCAUCCCGUCACAUGUGCUUCAAUGCAUAGAAAAAGAUUGAAGACAUUGUUUGAACAUUUUGAUGAGACUUCCUGUCAGAUGUCCAUCAACAUUGGCUGGGAGGGAGGAGUGUUAGUACAGACAUGUGGCCACUACUUACAUUUGGACUGCCACAGUUCUUAUGUGGCAUCCCUGAGGACACAACAAUUAACACAGAACUUAGCAGUAAACAAAGGUGAAUAUUGGUGUCCAUUGUGUCGGCAGUUAGCUAACUCUGUCAUUCCCAUAAUUCCUGAAGAGAGUCGGUUCACGCUAGUUAAACCUGUUACUAAGGAUAAAGUACAGAUGGUGAAGGAUAUAGCUGAGAUGAUGGUUACUCGGCCUAUAACACCUAGAUCUUCAGCAGUAACCAAGACGAUGGGUAGUGUAAUGGAAGAUCUAACCAACACAACAUACAGUGUGUUUAAAACUUACACAAACUCCCACACAUCAGAGAGUGUAUUACUCUUUGUGUGCUCUGUAGCCAGGACAAAUCUUGAAGUAGAGUGCUUACAGCGAUGUGGAAACUUAAGUAAACACACCUCAGCUCUAAGGAAACACUCAUUUUUACCAUUGAUGCAUGUGUUAAGUAUGCACAGUAAGAUCCUGACAACCAAACCAUAUACAGAUGUCUGGUCACAUAUCACUGGUAUAGGUCUAACAGAACAAUCAAACAGUGUGUCUGUAUAUCUGAAAGAUGUUCCUCUGUUGCUAAGAGAUCCAACAGCUAUUCUGAUUCAGCUGAUAUUAACACUGCCAUCUACUAUAGAAAAAGAACAUUAUCAGUUGAUAGUGAAGAUGUUAUACAAUGUGAUAUUUAUCCAGGCCCUGGUGUCUACAAGUUGUAAAUUCACAGCUGAGGAAAGAGAGGCAUGGAGAAAGAAAGGCAGGCCUGUUCCCUUUCAGACAUUAGAAGGGAUGUUGAGUCAUGUGAUCACAAGGUUAGAGGUCAGUCGGUUAUAUGAUGAUAUAGAUAUGAUUGACAAAGAUAUACCAGCUAUUUGUCAGAGCGUAUGGUCACCACAGAGUGUAGACUAUGCUGUACAGGACUAUUGUUUACCAUUCCUGAAGACAGCAUCACUCAUCAGAUUCCAUUUGUUUGAGGAAGAAUUCCCACCACCUAAGGAGGAUGCCACAGAGUUCCAGAUUCUUAUCAGUUACCUUGGAUUAUUUACUGGUUUUGACAGUAGUUCUGCUACAUGUUUGAAUUGGUUAAUAGAGGAACCCAUGACAUUGACUCGACUGUGGUGCUCUGAACUUGUCAACUUUAUUAAUGAACAGCCAACAGAUUCUAAAAGUUUAUUGAUGUACACACCUACAUGGCAUCCCCCACAGUUGAUUGUAUUACCUCAUCACUACUAUAGGAUAUUCCAGAGUUAUAACAGUAGACAGUGUGGUAUGUGUAGCAGUGUACCCAAGGAUCCAGCUCUCUGUCUUGUAUGUGGACAGUACCUCUGUUUUAGGCAGUCUUGUUGUCAACAACAAAGUAGUUAUGAGUGUGUACAUCAUUCUGUACAGUGUGGAGCUGGUACUGGUAUGUUUCUACUGAUCAACUCCAGUACAGUGGUAGUUAUCAGAGGUCCAAGGGCCACACUAUGGGGAUCUAUCUACCUAGAUGAUCAUGGCGAGGAGGACAGAGAAUUAAAGAGAGGAAAGCCUUUGUUCCUGAGCCAAGAGAGAUAUAACCUACUAAAACAACAAUGGCUAUCACAUAGUUUUGAUCACUCUUGUAAAAGAUGGAUUUGGCAUUUAGACAGAUUAUGAGUUUGCAUUUAUGUCUGUAUUUUUAGGAUAUAAAGUAUGUUCCAUUCCUGUGAUAAUCUUUUUUGAAAGAAUCUCAUCUUUAUGUUUUUUUUAUUAAGAUGAAGUAUCAAUUAUGACUGAAAUUACAUAUCUGUUGUGCCAAUUAAUGACCUUACAGCUUCCUGUAUGGCUAAAUAGAACUUCACUGUGCUACACCAGUUUAAUAAUUUAUUAUCAUUCAUGUGUUUAUAUAUUUUUUCAUAUUGAACUGGCCUAUCAUUAGUAGAAAUAAUACCAUAGUCUACAAUAGAUGAUUAUUCUUAUCACAUAUUUUCUGUGAUACCCUUUUAUUUGUAUUGCUGAUAUGCCCAAAACAGAAUAGGAUUACUGUGGAUUUGUUAUUAUUAGUUGGAUACCAAUUUUUGUGGGAACAAGUGAACCACAAAUUAAAAUGUUCAAUGAAUAAUAUAUUUAAUAGGCUUUGUAUACAGAUAUUGGCAAAACCAUGAAAUCGAACAUCCACAAAUAUGCAAGUUUUCAACAAAACACGAAAAAAUUGAUACCCAUGAAAAUAAAUAAAUCCACAGUAUCAAACAAGCAGAUAUUAUGGGCUGACAUAAGCCUUCUAUGAAGUGUUUGUUGAAACGGAUUAUCAGCCCACAUGUGCAAAAACAGCCCUCUCCUUUGAGGAGCUAACUUAAGAAUUUAGAAGACUUGCAUUAUUUUAGAAUUAACUUGCUAUUAAUAUAACUUUUUAAACAGAGCCGUCUUCAAACACAAACACAACAUUAAUGUUUUAGCAUUAUUUGUAAAAUUAUGUUGGGUGUUUUUACCUACUUGCUAGAAACAUGAUAGCUUUGUUUGGUAACAGGUAUUAAUGGAAUGUUUAUAUAUGAUGCAUCAACAAAAAAACAAAAAACAAAAAGAGUUGUCUCAUUGGCAAUCAUACAACAUCUUCUAUUUUAUAUGCACACAUUGAAUGAAUUAAUCAGUUUUAUUCUGUUGUAUUUUUCUAUUUUUUUCCAUUCAAAUUUCAUACACUGAAAUAUGAUUGUGAUAAGUAGAUUAAAUAAUGAGAAUUUUGUAUUUUUUUCUCUGGUUUCAUGCCUGGACUCUCAUAUUGUAUAAGGAUAUUUUAACAGAAAAUGCAAUGAAACAACAUGUUAAGAUUACAGUCUCAUUUAUCUUUUUUUCACAGUUUGAAAAAUAUUGAGAUUAUAAAAAAUGUAUUUGAAUAUUUCUAUCUGUAAUUUACACCCAUUUUUGCAGCAGAAAAACAGUUGCUUUUAUUAACAUUAUUAUUUUGUGCUUGAUCUUUAUAAUUUGUCAAAAUUCACAAAAAUUUGAAUGAACUAAAAAAACUAGUCGCUGAUAUCUUGGCAGUGAGAGAAGCAAUGUCAAGUAUGAAAGUAGUUGAAAAAUAAAUGGUUGUUUAAGUUCAUCAUUAAAUUCAAAUCAAUAAGAGGUGGUCACUUGUAUGACAUGUUUAAAGAAUUCUGAAUAGCAUAGGAGAGUGGAUACGUGUUAUAUUGUUGAUUUUUAUGUUUUUUAUUCUGUUAUAUCAGGGUAAUCUGUAAGUAGACUUUGGUUGAUUUACUCAAGUUAUUUUGAGUACCUCCAUUGAAAUAGAUCUCUUGUAUUCUAUAAUCUGUUUACUUUUUUGUUUAAGAAUUUUGAUCGUGGUGCAAUACUUGAUGUAUUAACUUUGCAUACAGGAAUAGAUAUUACAUUACAUCUGUCUUUCCUCUGCUUGUUUUUACCUAAGCACUUCAUCUUAAAAUAAAAUAAGGAUAUUGUAUUGAUAAUGUCAUUUUACUAAUUCAAGAUGCAGCUAAUUGCUAAUCAAUGAAGCAGUGAUAUGAAUUGACACAUAAGUAAUUUUUAUAUACUUUGUAAAGUUGCUAAUUAAUGAAUUCUGAUAUUGAAAAAUAUAUAACAAGCGACCAAAAGUGAAAUUGUGUAAAUGGAUUUAUUCAAGUAAAUUUUAUUUUAGACAUAUUUCCAUAACAAAGCAUAAGAUAUAUUUAAUUUUGCUUCUCAUCUUUUAAUUAGUGCACAUUGUAAAUUGUAAGCAUAUUGUUAAAAAUGUGACAUUUUUGUAUAUAUUUAAUUUCUAUUUUAAAAUCUGUUUGAUUAUGGGUCUUUUUUUUUAAUUUGCAUACUUCUAAAAUAUCAUUAAUAAAAAACCUUUGGGUAUUGUACUGAUAAAAUAGACCCACAAGACCUUAGACUCUUAACAGAUGAUUUAAUACUUUGUUGGAUUGUUUUUUGUUGAUAUUUUUCUGCUAAUAAUGUUAUGACUGAAUCAGUCAACUGAUUAAUGUGAUAUAAAAUCAAAUAAAACAUAAAAAUCUA